UGCGGGCGCUGAGGCAGACCUCCCGGAGCGUCGGACUCCACGCAGCAGCGGCUGCGGUGGCUGGAGACGGUGAGAGCUUCCGAGCUCUCUGUGCCGGUCCCGUGGGGGGAGAUCAGAGGUAAAGUCUGGGGCCCUGACCACGGUCACCCUGUGCUGUGCCUGCACGGCUGGGCAGACAACUGUGGCACAUUCAACACCCUCAUUCCCCUGCUGCCCAAAGGUAAAGUAUGGCAGGCCAGAGGGUAACCUGACCUACUCCAAACAAAUUUGUGUAAUGCCUUUUUUUUAAUGGAUCCAUAAAUUCCUGAUCAUUUUCUAGGCCAUUUCCUGGAAAGAGCUAUGUAAUUUGGUGGUAAUUAAGUGUAGACAAUGGUCAGUUGCUAUACUUCCAGCUGAUUAUUUCGAUGGCUGAAAUGAUGAGAUUCCCAAUCGAUUAGGUAAUCGGAAGGAUGAGACAGAGGAAGAGAAGUAAGCCUCAGCAACUGAUCAGUUAAUCUUCAGUCUUUUUUUUUUUUAAAGUGAAAAACAUGAAACAUUUGCUCUUAUCUGUCUUACAUGGUGUUUUAUGUCAUUGUAAAUUUAACAUCUUUGGGUUUUAGACUGCUGACCUGGCAGUCUAAAGUUACUUGAGGACAUCGGUUUAGGCGCUGGGAAAUUCUGCCGGGUAGUUUUCACUAUUUUCAGAUGUUUUAUAGACCAAACGAUCAAUUGAUCAAUCAUAAAAAUAACUGACAGAUCAAGCAAUAAUGAAAAUAAUCAGCUGUAGUAUAAAUAAUCAUUAGCUGUCAAGUUAAUUUCAGUUAACUGCUGGCGUGUAGAUGCACAGCUAUGCAGCGAGGAGUUUGACGUUUUUACUUGAAGCAACUGGGAAACUGUGAAAACAGAAACUGGCCAACAAAUGAUUGUGAUAUCAUAUCAGAAAACAAUGAGAUUCCAUAGUCAAGAGUUACACCAGAGGUAUCAUACAAACAAGUUAGUAUCGUAACAGAGGAAGUGGAUUCACACUGGUAUAGAUUAACUGUCAAAUUACUUAAUCUAAUAAACACGCAUACAAGGCCCACAAAGUAAAAGUAAAAAGUGUACUGUUAGCUCAGUAAUUCAACAGUAGACUGGCGCAUUAACAACACAUUAGCAGAUAGGUUGUAUAGUGGCUAUCUUAUUUAGCAUUGAGCUGCUCAUCGAAAACUGAAUUCCCCAACUAAAAUGGCCGUCAGUAGAGCUCACACCUCAGCCAAGGUCAAAUAUUGACGAAAAGUGCAGUAAGUGCCUCAUCUCACAAUGUUAAGGGAAGUGAUUUAAAAAAUAAAUAAAUAAAUAAAAUAGAUAAAUAAUUUUAAAAAAGUCCUGGAGAUCAAAAUGCAUCAAAACGUAAUGGGUUCUUCCCUGACCCAUGACCCCUCCCUCCACCAACUUCAGUGCAAAUCGGUUCAGUACUACUUGCUUAAUCCUGCCUGACAAAUAAUUAAACAAACAGGCUCGGGCGAAAACAUUACCUCCCUGGCGGAGCCACAACAUUAAAACAGGUAAAUGGUUUUAAAGUUGUGGCUGAUCUGUGAAUUUUUUAGCUUAGUCGCGGCUCCUCUCGAAGAUAACCAAACCUUUCCCGGGUGGAAACUGCCCUGAUGGCACAAAAAGUAGCCCAAAAUGUAACAAGAGGCUGCCCAGUUAAAGAAAAAUGGAUAUUUUAUCUGGAGCAGAUAAAGCAUCCAUUUCGAUAUUUGCUUAGUGGGACUACGUUAACAUGAACAUGAGUAUCCUGGUUUUGAGUCUUAUCCUGUUUUUGAUCAUAUUCGCGAUAAGGAGUUUACAAGGAACAUGAAAAACCUGGUUACUCAUAUCCAUGUUUAGCUGAUUCAGUAUCCAGGUCUCUGAUUGUCCUGCCUGCAGGUGUGUCGUGAUUUCUCGCUACAUCAACCUCUAAGCUCUGUACCAACACAGAAUUGCUCAGAAAGCAGGACAAGGUGUUCACAUGCAACAGCAUCCUGGUGUCUGUUGGAGGUGUCGCUUGGGCAUUUUCCACAUCUGUGCCGUGUCCUUCCUCCCAGAGUGCAGGUACGUGGCGGUGGACCUGGCAGGUCACGGCCGGUCGUCGCACAGUCCUCCUGGAGUUUUCUACUCGCUUCCCGCACACGUGUUGGACGUCCACAGAGUCGCUGACGCUCUGCAACUGAAGAAGUUCUCAAUCAUAGGCCACAGUAUGGGUGCUGACAUUGCUGGGAUGGUCAGUGCACUGUAUCCUGAGAUGGUGGAUGCUCUCGUACUGCUGGACGCCUACGGAUUCUUGCCAACGGAUUCGAAAGAAAUAUCCAAGGUGAUGAGGCGGGGGAUGGACGAGCUGCUUCAGUUUGAAAAAAACACAGAAGAAAAGAAAAGAGUUUACACUUAUGAGAAGGCAGUUGAGAGGCUGUCGGCUGCAAACCCGACUCUGUCUGAACAGUCUGUGCACAUCCUGUUAGAGCGAGGUCUAGUUCGAGUUGAAGGAGCAGGAUUUGUGUUCUCCAGAGACCUGCGAGUUAAUUUUAAAGACAUAGUGCGGGUCAGUUUGGAGCAGAGUCUGGAGAUGCAGUCGAGGAUUCAAGCCUCUGUUCUAGCUGUUCAAGCAGAAGAAGGCUACAAUAAAAUAUUUUCUGAACCAGCCCAAAAGGUGUUUGCUUCAACACUUCUCCAAUGUUUGCGGGACCGAAAUCACAGGGUGGUGACAGUACCGGGCGAUCAUUGCAUCCAUCUCAAUAAUCCCGAGAUCGUCGCUCCGUUUGUGUCCGAUUUCCUGCGAACUCACGUGUUGUCAUCGUCGACCAGCCUGAAGCACAACUUAUAAACUACAAACAUUUCCUAACACACUGUCACGGUUAAGUCAUGUGUUACGUUUGUCUCUGAGAUCAACCUGUGGGAGUCUUUACAUUUACAACUGUAUCAGAGCUCCCGCCAAGUGCCAUCAUUGCUUCCUUAAUGUGUCGGACUUCCUGUUGAAGAAGAUGGCGGGACAGGACAUGAGAUUGCGAGGGAGCAUUAUUUUUUUUCCCACCUGAGGUACCCGAAGAGCUGCCCCUACCCUGCGUCGGAUUGGCCUACCUUGAUUUUCCUACCCUAACCAAUCAUCACUCUUCAUGCCUAAACCUAACCAACCUAACUGAUGAAGGCAACGAGUACUAGCCAAUCAGAGGCAGGGCAGGGGCAGCUCUUCAGUCUCCAUCCACCUUGGGUGGGUAAAAAAAAUAACGCGUUGAGUGACGUGCCUUGUUGUGGGUUUUUGUUUGUUUGUUUUGUUUAUGGUUGUAGUUGUAUUGAUUUCGCUUUGGGUUUUUUUUCCAACUUUAUUGACAAGUCAAAUCAGGGUAAUGGGCAAAACUGCCAAAAAUAUUGGGUUUUUUUUUUUUUUUUUUUUUAAAGUGUGAUUUAAUUUUUCUUUUUUUAAUUUGUUAAUCCCACUUCUUAGUUACACCCACUAGUGCAUCAUUAACUCACCACUGCUGAAUCACUGUUUUCUAAGAAUUAACCAUUUUCAUGGAAGUUUAAGUGACAGCUUCAUCAUAUCCCCCAGGGAAAAUUGUUCGGCAGAGGUGGUAAGCCACUCAGAUCCUGAUGGAUCCCGUCUCAUGAUCAGUUUAGUUAGUAGAUGAUGGUCUAAACAAUAUUCACACUCAUUAAAAUUAUAUGGCUUUCUGUGUGAAGGAGGACCUCUGCCCAUUUUGCCUGAAGGAUGAUUUUUUUUUAAAAAUCAUUAAAGAGUAUUCAUUUUUGAUGAUGUUAGUGGAGGUGGUCUUGUCUCAGGUGGCCCACCUCAGCUAUGAAACACUGUUGGAAAUUUUGCAUUUUAUGGGAGCCUUUAGAAAACGGGACAUGAAAACAGGGGAACUCAGCACACGCUCUUACCAGUUCAGUAAAAUUGAGUUCUCUGGCCGGCAACCAUGCACGCUUAAAUAGAAAAAGCAACAAAUAAAGAAUACAUGAAGCCUGUGGCUCAUUUAUGAAUUCACCGAGGAGGAGCGUCAACUAGGGCAAUUCUGCCCUUAAUUUCCGUGCUCAUGCCAGUCGAAGACAGUAAAAGAUCUCUGUAUAAAAGUAACACAAUCUGCCUACCAGCACCUCUAAAGCCCACCGAUUAGCAUGUCCUAUCCUAUUAGUUUAAUCUGUACAAAAACCUAAGUGUAAAACUGACAAGUUGUGGUUAUAAGAGGGGUUAUAUGCCAGAAAAUCUCUAGGCCGUGCACAGUUUUGGACAGAGCCGGGCUAGCUGUCUCUCCCUGCUUCCGGUCUCUAUGCUACGCUAAGCUAACCCGCCCCCGGCUGUAGCUUUAUAUUUACCGUAUAAUCUCCUCGUCUAACUCCUGACAAAAAAGCAAAUAAAGCAUAUUUCCCAAAAUGUCGAGUUUGAACUCUGUGCCCUGAUCAAUUCAAUUUCUAAUCUGUCGGUGUGAAAAAAGCUUUGUGUGUUCCGUUGCACGAUAGUGUAAAUGAUUGACAUGAACAACUACAGCUCCAUCUCUUCAGAUUUUCUAUCUGGGAAACGUCCCGCAACCAUCAAUUAAUGUUCAACUUGUACAAUCAAAGUCCAGGUUUUUUUAUUUUUUUAUUUGAAGUACCGUUCAGUCUGGCCCUGGAGUUUAUCACAUCACCGACUGUAGAUUAUAUACUGUUCUGUGGACAUAUUACAGCAGGCCAUUGAACUUUAUCCAUCUCUCACAUGCAUUUGACACACCUAAUCCCUCCUUAAUAUUUGAUAAGAUAGUUUGUCAAAGUAGCUAAUGUUAAAAUCCAGGUUCUCAGUAUGACAAAAUUGUCCCCAAAGCUUAGCUUUUAAUUUCACUGACACACUAACUAAAUUUGUCAUUGACAUUCUCAAUUGU